AUGUAUUACAGAGAUCUAAGACAAAACAAAGGAUCCAUCCUAAAGGCAUCGGUAGAGUACAUGAAGGAACUCAUCAACGACAAGGACACUAUGCAAAAGUUGGAGGAAAAUCAACAGGCCAUGAAUUCAAAAUUUCAAAAACUACUCGUCAGAAUAUUUCAACUGGAAUUAAAAAUGAAAUUAUAUGGUUUAUCUGAAGAUUUUGGCAACUUUAGAGUGAAGAAGAAGAAAAAACCCAGAAAACGAUUAUCCGAUAUAAAUGCAAUGGUUGAUGAUUUUAUCAUGCAAAGCACACCAAAAUCUUUUUCAAAGAAGAAGAAAAAAACUGGGUUUUCUCGCAUACGGAACAAAGGCGACGCCCCACAGAACGACAACGAAUACAAAGUAGCGGACGCAAAAGAAGGCUUACGAGAGCAUCUGAAUAAGAAGUUAUCUACAGAAGAACAUGCCAGACAAGGCACAAUGUUCGACGUUGCUUCGUCGAAGGAUAAAGGCCACAGAAAGCAGAAUGAAGUUAAUAUUCCACCUUCACAAUCAUUAGCUUAUGUUUGCGACGCACAAACCGAAAAAGCCAAUGCACAGAAUGACAAUGUCACCUCGCAGACGAUUGCUCUCAAUGAAGGAGAAGAAAUAAUGGAGUUGUCAACAGAGCAAUUCCACGUUUUGCUUAAUUUGUUUGAAAACCACCAGAACGGAAGUGAACAAAAUCUAAAUACCGCCGAUUGCUCGUCAAAUGCAGAGGACGUUUCUGCAAACGUGGAGUGCUUAUCACCAGUGACGUCAACAUGCAACAUGUUGGAAUCUUUACUCAGGAGGCCAAAAAUACUGUCUGGAAACGUAUCAGAGUCAAGUGGAUUGGAGGACUCCACUGAAAGCCAGAAGGGAUUGCGAUAA